AUGGACGUUGACGACUCGGCAGUCGACUUAAGUGUCAGGUCUUUACCACCAGAAUUAAGUGAACUAAGAGCUCUCACAGCAAGUGGUUUAACAAUAACACCAGCACAACCUCCGCCUCAUGGUGCUAGUGGGAAGCGUGUGUUACGUCCACGUUCAGAACAGCGGAGCUAUGCAGAAAGCCCUGACAUUGUGUUGUUGCCAGCUGCGCCUCCACAUCGUAAACCUAAUUUGCCUGCGCCAGCACCAUUUACAGAUGUUAGCAGCAAGUUGAAUGCGGGCGUGAAUGUAUCAAUAACGCCCAGUGCGUUACCCGUGCCGGCGCCAGAGUCGCCUCGUGAGCCGCGAGAAGACGAAGAGUCCGAGGAGGAUGAGAACGAGCCACCCCUGCCCAUAGCUGGACAUAGAGAAUUAUCAAGCGCUGAGAUAUGGGAGCGGGAACGCAGGCUCAGAACUCUAAGAGAAAAAUUGCGCGCAGAGGAGACUCGUCUAGUUCUAUUGAGGAAGCUACGUCAGUCGCAGCAAGCAAGUGGCAUACCUCCUGCAAAGGACUCUACAACUGGUACAGCAUUGGCAGGUAGUGGCUGCGUAGUCCCUCCCGGUGUGACGGUGACGCCAGCUCCUCCACCUGCUCACCAGCAGAAUAAGCGCGCGGGUGCAACAGGAAAUACGGGUAAUAAUUUGUCUUCGAGCGCUCGUCGACCCUCCAGCCUCCCGGGGGGCGCCACGCUCACACCGGGACCCUAUCGCUCGCAGAGUUCAUCGAGUGGAGGCGCCAGCAUCACUCCGUCGGUGACGAUAACGCCGGCGCCGCCCCCGGCCGCCACACAACAUGCGCAACCUAAGGCAAGCUCCCGUAGUUCUGAUGAUACACAAACACCUGCCCAGAGGCAGGCCGCUGCUAAACUGGCGUUGCGUAAGCAACUGGAGAAGACUCUUCUUCAGAUUCCUCCACCAAAACCCCCGCCGCCGGAAAUGAACUUCAUACCCUCACCUAGCAACACUGACUUCGUGUACCUUGUCGGGCUCGAACAUGUUGUUGACUACCUUACCAAUGAAGAACGCAUGCCGCGGUCGAGCGUGCCGGCGGUGUGCGCGCAGUGCGGCUGCGACUUCACGGCGGUGUGGCGCUGGGAGCGCGCGCCGCCGCGCCGCCAGGACGCCACCUUCAGCUGCGCGCCCGCCGCGCGCCGCCUCUGCGAGCUCUGCGUCUCCGGCAACGUGAAGCGCGCGCUCAAGGCGGAACACACGGCGCGUCUGAAGACUGCGUUCGUGCGCGCGCUGCAGCAGGAGCAGGAGAUCGAGCGGCGGCUGGCCGCGCCCGCGCCCUCGCCGCCGCCCGCGCCGCCGCCCGCGCACACCGCGCCCGCGCACGCGCACGCGCCGCACGCGCCCCACACGCCGCACACGCCGCACGCGCCGCACCAGCCGCACACGCCGCACGCGCACCGCGCCGCGCAGAUGUCAGUAUCACGGUCGUCGACUCGAACUCCGGCACCGUCGACGCCAACAGCGGUGACGCCUCAACCGACUACCACCAAACCUCCACAAUCAUCGAACAGUAACCGUUCGCUAACUGCAGCGGAGUCGCUGACUCGCAGCCAUCAUUCGGAGCGCGCUCGUGAGGCAGAAGUGCCUGCCAAGAAAGGUAAAGGAUCGUCAUCCAGUACAGCCAGUCAAGGAAGCAGUUCCAGUAAGCAGCAUCAGCAAUUAGCAGCCGCGGCCGCUGCUCAGAUGGCCUUCGAGCAACACAGUGCUGCGGCCAUGCAAGCUCUGCAGCACCAGUUGCUUAGAGGGCUGAGCGGCGUGGGCGGGGUGGGCGGGGCGGGCGGCGCGGGCGGCGGCGGCAUGUCUGCGGCGGCGGCGGCCGCCAUGAUGCAGUUCUCGCCGCUGCUCUACACCUACCAGCUGGCCAUGGCGCAGGCCUCCGCGCUAGGUAAGCGUUCGGGCAAAAGCGGCAACAGCGGAAGUACUGCGGCGAUGGCGGCGGAAAUGCAACGCGUGGCCGAGGCACAGAGGCAAUAUCUUCUUGAUAUGAUACCUGGACAGCACGGCCGCAAUCCCUGGACUAAGAACUGA